AUUGGAACUGCUGCGGCUGUGAUCGGUUUACUGCCGAGCGAUGCGGGGCAGCUGAACGAAGGGCUGCCCAAAAGCCGAUCCCCACCCUAUUCGUCUGCACACGUCCCGUCGGCGUACAACUGGUCACAUGGCUGCCCUCGGCGAACUGCGACGGCGGGGCAGCCAUCAAAAGCGUAAACCGUCCGCGAGGCGCCUCCGGGCGCCGCUCGCGGCGCUCGCGGCCAUUGCCGCGAUAGUAUACGUCGCGAAGCGCCCGGCGCCUUCGAGCCCGUUCCACCGCCCGCGCACGGACGAGGAGAAGGCCCAGGAGAGGAAGAAGCUCGCGCGCCACCCCCUCUUCGCGUUCAAGAGGCGCACGGAGCUCUGGGAGCGGUGGCCCGACGGGACGCUGGGGAUGGUCGUCUCGGCCUACCGCGACGACCUCGCUUGGCUGAGGAACGUCGAGGCGAUCGGGAUCAGAACCCACGUCUACGGGCGGCCCGGGGCCGAGGCACCGAACGCCAACGACCAGCUCCCGGUCAACCGCGGCGACGAGGCCGCCGCGUACUUUAGGUACUUGGUGGACCACUACGACGAUUUACCGGAGUACGUCAUGUUCGUGCACGGCCACGAGUACGCCUACCACGCGCCGACGAGCAUGGCCACGACGUGCCGCCUGGACGUCCCGGCGGCCGUCGAGGCGAUGGGCGGCUUCGCGUCGCUCAACCACGACAAGCGGGGGCGGACGGUGCGGAAGUACGCCGACCGCCUCAUGCCGGCGCCGUGGAGCCCCGCCUUCCUGGCGCGGGCCCUCGCCGAGUUGUAUGGAACCGCCGAACAACCACCAGUAUCGACGCCCACCAAGCUCGCGUUCCCGGCGUCGGCGCAGUUCGCCGCAUCACGAAAUGCUAUUCGCACGCGGCCGCGCGCCUUCUACGCGCGCGCCUACAACCUCUCCACGGCGGCGACGCCCGAGACCUGCCGCGGCCGCACGUGCGGCGGCUACUUCUUCGAGCAGCAGUACCACUACAUCUUCGGGCGCGCGUGGGAUUUUGAUGACGGCGUCCGCGUGGACUACGCGCGCUGGAAGGUCCGUAUCGAGUCCUAGCGAGGAAGCCGUCCUUAGACUGUUUGUGUUUUGAGGCCUGCCCCAGGGUGGGUAAUAGCUAUAGUCAA